AUGGCUGGGCACAAAACAUUUGUAGAAUCUGAAGCAAAGAUCUCUGUAUCUACAUCUUACUGGAAAAUUCAGCCUGUUGGCUUCUUGGAGAAGAAAUGGGGAACUGAAGAUGGUUCUGCUAAAUUUUGUGUUUGUGUGUGUGUGUUUUCUUUAUUGCAGCCUAGGGAGGUAGAAUAUGUGAAUUCUGAAUAUGGAAAGAACGCAGUGAGAAUCCUGUACGUUAGACGGGAAGGCCAGGUACACUGCAUUAAAGAACUGGCAAUCUCUGUACACAUCAGACUCAACACUGUGAAUGAAUACUUGAAUGCCGACAACUCGAGAGUCAUCCCUACAGACACCAUAAAGAAUACAAUUGAAGCACUGGCCAAAUGCAAUGGGAUCAAAACAAUAGAGGAGUUUGGGCUGGAUAUCUGCAACCACUUCAUUAAUACCUUUUGCCACGUGGUGUAUUGCAAUGCCUUUAUCAAGGAGGUUCCCUGGCAGCGCCUAGAAAAGGACAAUACUCCCCAUGCCCAUGCUUUUCUCUACAGUUCUGAAGGAAUUCGAUUUUGUGAAGUGGAACAGACUCAGGACAAAACUCCAAUUGUUUUUUCUGGCAUUAAGGAUCUAAAACUUAUGAAGACAACCCAAUCUGGAUUUCAGGGCUUCCUUAAAGAAAAAUACACCACACUUCCAGAAAGGAUAGACAGAGUGUUGUCGGUGGAAACACUCAUCAAAUGGUGCUAUGGUGAAUGCUUGGAGGGCCUUGAUUAUGAUUCCAUAUGGAGAACUGCUCAUGAAAGUGUUCUUGAUGCUUUUGCUGGGCCACCAGAAACAGGCCAUUACUCACCGUCUUACCAGAAGACAGUCAACUGUAUUCAGACAUACAUUCUGGACAGAAUCCCAAAGAUUGAAGAGGUAGAAGUGAUCCUGUCUAACAUCCACUAUUCAGUGACAAAUUUAGAAAAACUGGGAAUAUGUAAUGACAAAGAGAUUUUUACGCCCCAGGAGACACCAUUUGGUGCUUGUGCAUCCACGCUGCGUAGGAAGGAUUGUUCAAAGAACCUGCAUCAUAUUCCAGUAGACUGCAAACCUCGUUGCUCUAUUGGGUGGAAAUUUAGCCGUGGAAUUUAA